UUUCCACCACCUUUAUAAACCAGCCACCCCUUCCCAAUUUCACUCUUCUCUCUCACUCACACACACUCACACGCGCACAACUAACAGUUACCGGAAUUUCCAUUUCUCCGGUGAAUACAACUCAGAAGAAUAAACAUGCCUCUAACAGCAAUCAAUAUCAUCUCCGCAAAAGUCGUGUUUAUGAUAUCCACCAGCGUUUUAUCAGCUGCAAUUUUGCUAAGCGCUACAGAUCUCGCCGAUUACGCUCCUUGGAUCUACAACGGCGUCGUUUCGUGGCUGCGGCCGCCGUAUCUGUACCUCGUCAUCAACUGCAUCAUCAUCACCAUCGUCGCCUCCUCCAAGCUCCAAUCGGAGAUCGACGACGACGCACGUGAGCUUCCGCAUAUAGCGCCGCUGCUGAAUCUGAACGCCGUACAGCCUGUACAGCAGCCGCCUAUCGAGAUGGGUGAAACCGAAUUUCCGAUGAGUCUGGCGGCGGAGUAUAAAUUCGAAGGCGUGGAGAGAGGAUUGGAGUCUGAUAAGCUCGAUUCAGGUGGAAUCGGAGGCGUGAGUGAAUAUUCGGCGCCGGGGAUUGUCAGCGGGGGCGACGAUGCGAUGUGUAAUAAGGAGAACGAGUGCGUAGCGGCGGCGAAAUCGAUGUGGAGUGCCGCUGAGUUUAGUGAUGGAGCGAAUUUCGUGAAGCCGCCGGCUUCUGCGAGGUUCGGUCACCGGAGAAAUUUGAAAGCGAGCAACGAAGGUGGGAGAACAGUGCUGGGAGUUUCGAAGCCGAAGAAGCAAGACACGUUGGAGAACACCUGGAAGACAAUAACAGAGGGGCGGGCGAUCCCGAUCUCAAGACACUUGAAGAAAUCGGAGACAUGGACGGAGCGCGAGCAGGAGAACACUCCUCCUCCGGCGUUGAAGACGAUGAGGAAAGCCGAGACCUUCAAGGAGCGGUCCCCCAUGAACGGUGGAUCGGGCAAGCCGAGGAAGGAGGCGUCGCUGAGCCAGGAUGAGCUACACCGGCGGGUCGAGGCGUUCAUCAAGAAGUUCAAUGAGGAUAUGAGGCUGCAGCGGCAGGAGUCUCUUAAUCAGUAUACUGAAAUGAUUAAUUGAUAAUCAUCCUUUUAUUAGAUUGAAAAAGAGUGGGAAAUGCGGUUAGUUGAGACUGUUUGAAUUUUUUUGUUCUUUUGUUGUUUGUUUGUAAUGGUUAUAGUUAUGAUAAAAAUUGUUGUUUCAAAUAUAACAUAAUAAAAAAAAAUAGGUUACAAGUGAUUGUUCAAAAAUUUAGUUUACUAGUGAUGGUUUAUUUUAGUUUAA